CCUUAAAGUAGGACGUGCGUAAACGAAGCCUCAACAAUAAUUUGUGCCACUGCGCUUUUGAGUCUUCCAUAUGCACGCUCAUGCUUGAAAUUUAAAGCAUCCAAAGAAUUUGACAGCAGACUUUGAAGCAUAUCCACCUAGACAGAGUAAUAGGUAUUAGGCUAUAAGUUUCACUCGUAGUUUGUUUUUAAUAAACCGAACCGUUACGCACAAACCGCGGCUGACUUGUGCGCUGAAAGAUUGAGUAGAAGUAGUUUUACUGGAAAACGUUGACCAAAUAGUCCCCAAAACGAACAGAAUAUGAAGAAAAGUCCCGCUAAUUCAGCUCUAAAGAGGUCUUUCGAGGUGGAGGAUGUGGACUCCCGGCGUGCCCCGAACAACGCCAGCCCUCGUCCCCUCAUGUCCCCCACCAGCAUCUACUACCGCGAGCUGGGCGCCAGCAACCAGAACAACGGCUCGGUCUCCAAGAGCAUCAUGGGAGGGGGAGGCUCCAAGACCCCUGAGCCCAUAUCCCGGGGGCGAACGGAGCUCUCCAUCGACAUCUCCUCCAAGCAGGUGGACCCAACAAGCCCCGGUUCCCUCCGGUUUGUCGCGAAACGCCCCGAAGUCCUGGGCCACUCCAAGACUCCCGACAUGGGCCACAAGCGGGAGGUCACCUUCGCCAAGACUCCCCAGGAGGCCGUGAUUCGUGGAGGGCCCCGGACCCCCGAGCCCCCGGGCCACCCGCGGAAGUUCGACUCCCCCGGGGCGGGGGACGGCCCUGCCGGCAGGACCGCGCCGGGGAUCGGCGUCGCCAAAGGACCCGAGCCGACGGGGAACGGGAAGAACCACGAGAAUCACGGCCAUCACGUCGCCGUGCACCAUCCUCACCACCCGAACCCCCACCACAACACCAUAGUCACCACCAUCCGCUGCUCCUCCCCCAGCCACGCCGGUCGGGCGAACUCUCCCAAGCCUGACAGGUCAGAGGUCAAUCCAAGUCAGAGCAACAUGUCCGCCCCGCAACAUCCGCACCUCCCUGGCAAGGCGGCAACGCCGGGAGCCGGUGACUUCAGCUACGUGGGCAUUGAUGCCAUCCUGGAGCAGAUGAGGAGAAAGGCCAUGAAACAGGGCUUUGAGCUCAAUAUCAUGGUUGUGGGUCAGAGUGGUUUGGGGAAGUCCACCCUGAUGAACACCCUGUUCAAGUCUAAGGUCAGCAGGAAGUCUUUGGUGUCAACCCCUGAGGAGAGGAUCCCCCAGACCAUCGAGAUCAAGUCCAUCAGCCACGACAUCGAGGAAAAGGGUGUGAGGAUGAAACUAACUGUAAUCGACACCCCUGGAUUUGGGGACCAGAUCAACAACGAGAACUGCUGGCAGCCAAUCAUGAAGUUCAUCAAUGACCAGUAUGAGCAGUAUCUGCAGGAGGAGAUCAACAUCGACAGGAAGAAGAGGAUCCCAGACUCACGGGUCCACUGCUGCAUAUACUUCAUACCACCCACGGGACACUGCCUGAGGCCCCUGGAUGUGGAGUUCAUGAGGCGCCUGAGUAAAGUGGUCAACAUCGUCCCUGUCAUUGCCAAGGCAGACACACUCACCUUAGAGGAGAGGGACUCCUUCAAACAGACGAUCAGGGAGGAGCUGCGAGCCAACGGGAUCGACGUCUACCCUCAGAAGGAGUUUGACGAGGAUGCAGAUGACAGGAUGAUUAACGAGAAGAUCAGGGAGAUGAUCCCAUUUGCUGUGGUGGGGAGCGAUCAGGAGUACCAGGUCAAUGGAAAGAGGCUUCUGGGCAGAAAAACCAAAUGGGGCACCAUAGAAGUUGAGAACAUUGCACACUGCGAGUUUGCCUACCUGCGGGACCUCCUCAUCAGGACCCACAUGCAAAACAUCAAGGACAUCACCAGCAGCAUCCAUUACGAGGUGUAUCGUGUCCGCAGGCUAAACGAGACCAACGGCCAGCCCAACGGCCAGCCGCCCAACACACUGGCCGACCCAAAGCCGCAGCAGGCUAACGGGCUGGCAGCACAGCACCAAGUCCUGACCCACGAAAUGUAGAAGGGAUAUAGUGCGAUCGACCCACACACACAGUGAGCCUCUCCGACAUGUAAAAAAGUUAGUUUCCGUACACACUCCAAAGACGAUAACCGUAUCUUGCUAGCAACAAUUCUAACAUUCAAACUGCCAAAACAGAGUUUCCCGGUUUUGUGAGGAGCUGAUGGGUAAAGAGAGAGAGAUUUCCCUAGCGAGGCGCGAUGCCAAAUCAGUAAUAGCAUACGGAUUUUAGAGACCACCUUCCGAAUUACGGCGUCGUCAUCUUAGCUAGAAAUUACUGCUUGAACUGACCUGGUUGACGUUUGUGUGGUGCUGUAGAGUUUUGUCUAGAUAAUAGGAGAUUCUGCGAUGGCGGGUAUUGCUUGGGUUUAGGUUCUCUGUGUUGUUGUUUUUUCCGUUGACACAUCUGCACUGCCCAGUAAAACAGCAAUGCGGUGUGGAGCAGCUUUGAAUCCUCUUGUCUGUUUCCAUUGUGUUUUCUUAUGUACUCGACCUCUUGCCAAACCAACCUGUCUAAACCAAUAUGCCAACGAAUGCCAGAGGUUGUGUCGUGUGGCAUAAUGUGCAUUUUACCUUUACUGUUGUUGUGUUGUUGUUGUAAUAUUGUUGUGUCGUUUAUUAUCUGGAUGGUGGGGGAUGUAGAACAAAUACACCUCUAUGAUUCCUGUCCUUUUUGUAACCCCAAAUAAAUGACCUUUCCAUUCUAAAGAGAAGCAAAUAUAGUAUAGAAUUGAUUUUACAAAUAGAUAUUUAUGCUUGUUAUGUAUUCAGUUUAAAUCGAUGAUGCUACUAGUCAGACAGCCGUUCUAUACCUUCUCCUGUUGUUCCCAGAGAGUAGUUGUAUCAGAGCAGAUGGGAAACCUAUUUAGGCACAGUUGGUUAUAUUUAGUGUACCUAUCAGAAUAUAAUUUCACUCCCAAUAAGUCUGCCAUGUUCUGACAGGGAAUUGCUGUGAUUUAGAUCCGGUCUUAAUGGAUGCUGUGUAGAGUAGUACUAAAGGCAGGUUGGAUAUUAUGUAGCACAUAAAUGCAUACACGGAUUGAAUUAAUAUUGUUCUGCAUUCCCGGUUUAGUCAUUGUAUAACUUAACCUCAUCUUCCCAAAUAAACAUGUUUGAAAAAGAAAUAAUGAAAGGUGCCAUUCCGCCAAACACGAUGGGGUUACUCAGGCUAAAACUAUUGGGCAGAGGUCAAGACCAAGAAGACUAUUAAUUUAGUAAUUUAUAUCUUGCAUAACAAAAAAAUUACAAAAGGUAAUACAAUGUUUACUGUUGUAUAGUUGUUUGUUAUGGUAUGAUAAAAUAAGGUUUAUCUUUGAUAAAUGUCUUUGAUGCUAUACUCAAAGAAAUAAAGAUUGAUAUUUUUAUUGUU